CCCCUCUCUCUCCUUUUUUCUUCUCUUCCUCCGUUCCUUUUUUCUAUUCUUUUUUGCUCUCUCUGUUCAUAUCAAUCAACUCUGAGAAUUCGCGAAAAAUCACGUGUUGCCAACGACGUCGCGUAAAAGUAUAAGCGAAUAAACGUACGGUAGCGGCAGCAACAGCUGUGCUCGUCAACGGACGGAGAAACGGAUCUUUUCGUAGUCAAGUGGUCACUGGGAAAAUAGUCAAAAUUCCGGUCCCUACUAGGAAACGAGAGGGCCUCCAACAAACCGGCGGCAGAAAUUCAUCGGCAAUUGGUGAAGAACCGUUGGGCAAAAUGAACAGCAAGAGGAAGAACCGUACUAACAAUAACAGGUACUGCCAAUCACUUGGCUUUCCUCGUCAAGAUCAUAAUAGCAGAUCUCCACGAGCACGUGGACCGCAGGAGAGAUGUGUCACAGCAGAAGGAGUUUAUAACAAUGCUCAUUUUAUGCAUGCAGUCACUAGCCAUGUUGGCAACAUAGUACAGGUUCAAACUCAAAAUGGCUCGAUAUACGAGGGCGUGUUUAGAACAUUUUCGUGUCAAUUUGAUGUAGUGCUGGAGAUGGCUCAUCGUGUGGAAAGCUCGGGAAAGAUUAGUGUAGAUAGCGUAGUAGAAAAGUUAAUUUUUAAACCACAAGACGUUGUCACUAUUUCUGCCAAGGAUGUUGACUUAGAUUAUGCUAUAAGAGAUACUUUCCAAACUGAUACGGCCAUUAGUAAGUUUAAUGGCUUAAUUGGUGAAAAGGAACUUGAACCCUGGGAUGCACCUACCACUAUGAACGGAGCUGAUUUAGAAUUAGACGGUGCUGCUGUAAGCAUGGUCAUUAGUUAUAAAAGAUAUUCUACAUACUAG